GAGAACGUCGCUCAAAUGUGCGCUCAUGUUUAGUAUUAGGGAACAUUUUACCGUGAGGCGGAAGAGGAAGUUGAAGAAAAAGAGAACGAACCAUCAGAGAUAGGUUAAGGUUCGACACACUCGUCAUCAGAAUGGACGACGUUGAACACAUCGCAGACCGUAUGGAGAGAGCGGGCGUCCAGAGACGCCGUCGGGCUGAGGUCGAGAGACGGGAGAGGAUUUUCAAUGAAAAGUGGAGAACCAUCGGGGUGGACAAACAGGCUCUGGAUAUUCAAAUGCUGGAAAAGAAGAAACAAGAAGAUGAGGAAAAUCAAAACUCCAUGGCUUAUGAAGCCCAAAUGCGGCACAACAACAGAAUAGCUUUCAUUCAGAACAUCAGAGAAGAAGAGAAGCAGCGAGCCAUCAAUAAGGAAAUUGUCAACUUCCGUGACAACUACCAGCAGCCUUACACCCGACGAGAGUACGACCUGAAUGAUCCGGAUCGCCUUAAAAAAACCAAAGGCGAGGAUGCGCAGGUGUCCCUCUGUGGUCUCCUGGGCGAGGACAAGGAGUACUAUGACAGGAUGCAGAAGCAGAGGGAGCAGUUUAACGCCUGGAUCCAACAGCAGCAGACUGAGCAGGCACUGCAAAGACAUAAACAAAAACUGGAGGAUGAGAAACACGACCAGUUGCUGGUGGACAUGGACAAACAAGCCCUGCUAACACAGAGACGUGAAAGGCAGAGGAGACUGUCAUUGAAUUUUUAUUUUUUUACCCAUUCACUCUUUUUGCUCUACACUUUGCUAAAGAUCGAAGAAAGGCGUCAACGGCAGCUGGAGUUAAAAGAUGACCUACUCACCAUGGUGGAUGAGAACCUGAUAGGUCUGGGAGUUCCAGGUCUGUGUCCAAGCCAGGAUAGGAGACCCCCACCUGAGAGCAAGCAGGACAUUAUGCAGUUCCACAAAUAUCAGAUGGAGGAGAGAAAGAGGAGGGAAUUCAAGAAGAGGCAAGAGGACAACCAGCACAGUUUUCUAAUGGUCGACUCGGCUGAAAAGGCUUUGCUUCGUGAAAAGGAACAGGAGGAGAGGAACAAGCUCGUGAGACAAAAUAUGGACCUCAUCAACGUUAAACUGGCAGAAAUGCAGAUAAAAGGGGGCAUAAAAAGAGGAAAGGUCUACGACGACUUCUUCAUGCAGUUCAACACCUGCAGCAGAUGAUGGAGAUGGAGAUGAGGCCAGGCCUGAAGACUGGCUCACCACAGCAGAGACACAGAGCCAGAGACACAGGACACGACUGCAGCAGGGAGUGCACAGACCAACACACUCACCCACUGUCAUACAGUUCAUUAUAUUUUUAUUUUUAUUCUUCCAAUAUGAUUUAAUCACAGGAAUGAUAUCUCUCACAUUUUGGCACCAGAUUCUUAAAGUGUUACCAAUGACAACAUUGGCUUUAAACACUGUCUGCUGUGGAAUUACAAUAUUUUCUAGGCAUGUGAAACAAGCUGGUACAAAACUGAAAAAAAAUCUUAUUUAACAUAUUUAAAACCAACAGAAAGUAAUUAUUUUGAAUUUUGUUCCAAGAUAAAUGUUUUAUAAUUAGUAUACCACAGUAGGUAACAGCAACUAAUGUUAAAAGGAAGAAAAACUGAACAAAUAGUAAAUCUUAAACAUCAAUAGGUUUAAAAAAAUGAUGUUUCAUAUUAAAUAGUUAUACAAUUACUGUUCCUUAAUAUUUAGGCAAUAUUUCCUCAAAGAAAUAUUCCUAGGUUUAAUCAAACUGGAUCACCAUAGCCCGAUUUACAGCAUUUCUUGUUUCAUUUUAAAAUAAUUUCUCUAUGUUAAGAAACACUUACCUUAGCCUUAAAAUUAAAGAAAAAUACUUAAAAUAUUAUUUUGUUUAUUGUCAGAAUCAUGACCAUCCAAAAUGACCAAACAUUAAGCAUCAUAUUAUGGAAUUGCCGUGUGUUAAUGAUUCACACACAAUGUGUCAGUGCUACAAUUGUUAUUUUUCAUACUGCAGUAUUUAAGAAAUACCUCAAUAUUUGAGUGGCAUCUGUUUUAGCAGUUAUACACAUUAGACCAAUCUGUCUUCAUGGAAGGAAUUAAAAACUUGUCAUCGUUCUCUUUUUUUAGGAAGUAAAUGGUACCACCUUGUGGUCAACGCAAGAAUUCCGUUUUAAUCGAUAUAUUGCAUUAUAAGAUACAUAAAGUAAACGGCUUAGAUAAUUAAUGAACUAAAAUUGUUGAAAUAUUGUCCUGUCUGCUUAAAAUAAUGAUGAUCAGAUAUGAGACAUGAUGGUGCUAAUGUGUUAUUCAGUGUUUUUAUUUUUUGAGAGACAAUUUAAGAAAUGGUUGCUGAUAUUUUUAGGAACAAAGAAUCCUUAAGAGGUGCAAAAUAAAUCCAUGGUGCUUCAGCCAGGCUCCACGGUUGUACAGGGUCAAUGCUCAAAUUAAACAAAAUGCUAAAUGUGUGUGUAUGUCUGAGGUUUUAUAUAUUUACUGUAUGAAAGCCUAAGAAUAAAAUAAUACAAUCAUGUAAAAACUCAAUUUAUUUGAAA